AUGCAAGCUACCAACAACCAAUCCCACCACCUCUCCCCGGCAACCCAACAGCCGCAGCAGUCGCAUGGCGGCACCAGUAUUCAGAAUCUAGCCAAUUUUGCCCAGCCGCAAGCCGCACAGCACCGAUCACAACAAGAACACCAGUAUAAUAAUCAGCAUGCCUCGGGUGGACAUCAGCAGCAGCAACAAUUACAUCAACCGCAGGCCCAGCAGAACAACCAGCAACAGCAACAUGCGCAGCAGGAGCAGCAGCAGCAAAGCCGGUCAGAUCGCGUCACCAAGAACAAGUACUCGCUGGAGGACUUUGCCCUGCAACGUACGCUAGGUACCGGUAGUUUCGGUCGUGUGCACUUGGUGCAGUCGACACAUAAUCAUCGGUUCUAUGCCAUGAAGGUCUUGAAGAAGGCGCAGGUGGUUAAGAUGAAGCAGAUUGAGCAUACCAAUGAUGAGCGCAAGAUGCUGAGUCGCGCCCGGCACCCGUUCUUGAUUACGCUGUGGGGUACAUGGCAGGAUUCGCGGAAUUUGUACAUGGUCAUGGAUUUCGUCGAGGGUGGUGAACUGUUCAGCUUGCUGCGCAAGUCUCAGCGAUUCCCCAACCCCGUUGCCAAGUUCUAUGCCGCCGAAGUGACCCUUGCGCUGGAUUAUCUACACACCCAGCAGAUCAUUUACCGUGAUCUCAAGCCGGAAAACCUGUUGCUGGACCGUCACGGUCAUCUGAAGAUUACCGAUUUUGGAUUCGCAAAGGAAGUCCCGGAUAUUACAUGGACCCUUUGCGGUACGCCCGAUUACCUUGCUCCGGAAGUGGUAUCGUCCAAGGGUUACAACAAAUCGGUGGAUUGGUGGUCGCUGGGUAUCUUGAUUUUCGAAAUGCUGUGCGGGUUUACGCCGUUCUGGGACAGCGGCUCGCCGGUCAAGAUCUACGAGAACAUCCUCCGCGGAAAAGUCAAGUAUCCGCCAUACUUGCACCCCGAUGCCGUUGACCUCCUUUCGCAGCUGAUCACCGCAGACCUGACCAAGCGUCUGGGUAACUUGCACGGCGGCUCGGAUGAUGUCAAGCAGCAUCCGUGGUUUGCGGAGGUGACUUGGGACCGGUUAGCCAGGAAGGACAUUGAUGCUCCUUACGUGCCACCCAUCCGGGGAGGACAGGGAGAUGCCAGUCAGUAUGACCGGUACCCCGAGGAGACUGAAUCAUACGGUCUUCCGGGCGAUGACCAGCAUGGUCAUCUAUUCCCUGACUUUUAG